AGUCUAUGGAAACGAAGCCACGCGUGAUGCGCACGCGUGUUUCGUACUCGGCCCAGAUGACUAUUCCUUUGCUACGGCGGCUGCUUGGAUUCAUUCCCCGCUUAGUUAUUCGGCCGGCUGUGCUCAUUUUACUUGCGCCGUUGCUCUCGAUUGAAUCGCGCUCGCGGUUAGAUCUGAGUGCCGCGCUGGGAGGUAGGUUUCCAGGGCGACGGCCGGUUGCUACUUCGCUUCUCCAUCGCGAAGUGACUUGGAGGGAAGAGCUGCCGGUGCCGAGUUGGCAAUCGCUGGUGGGAGGGACGCGUUAAGAGUCCCGAACGAUAAACAAACUGUUCUUAAGACACAGCCCUCAAUAAGGGCACGCUAGUAGCGCCACCCGCUUCCUCCGCCUCCUCGGUAACAGAUGCUGCUGCAUCUCUCUCAGGAUGGGCCUUUGAGCUGAGGCUGCCUCCGCAGCCUCCUUUUCUGCAAUGGAGCCCAUCAAGAUGCCCAGUGACAACCUCAUUAUCUGUGGGACCCCAGAAAACAAGUCUUCCAUGAGAGCUGAUCCGAAGGAUGGUCCCCCCAACCCAUCCCUUUUGAAAGCCCUGGAGGCAGUUUUAAUAGCUGGUAAACGUGGCUUGCUUGGUCCAGCAGCCAUGGCAGCUGCAGCGGGCACUCCAGAACUGAAUCUUGGAAGCAGCAAUGGAGUGGCUUGUCGGGAAGGCCUGAAUACUAUUCCUCGUUGGGCCGGAGUGGAGAAAAAGAAGAAGGCUGUCGAUGAGAAGCGUAAAGCUGUGAUAACUGUUAUACAACAGGUAGAGGGUGUUGAAAACCUGCAACCUGCCCCAAAGGAAAUCUGGAUAUGUGGCAAUUCUGUGAUCUUGGCAUCAAGGAGGAGAGCCGAAAAAAGCCAGCCCAAUGGAUUGCAGUUCGGCAUUUCUACUUCAAGGGCACAUGUGUAUUGGCAUGGAAUACAGGCAAUGAUGUGGGAGCAGCUGAUGCCUCUUCUGCAUGAAAUUUAUCAUCUCCGAACUUCUCCAUCGCUUAUAAUAAUUCAUCUUGGGGAAGAUGAUUUAAUGCCCAAGAAUAACAUUUCUCUCAUUAUCUCCAUGAAAAAUGACUUGGCCAUUCUUAAAAGAGCAUUCCCAAAUGCUACUAUAGUUUGGUCUUCACUGUUGCCAAGACGUGUUUGGAAGAAAGACCAACAUCCUGAACAGAUGCAGAAAACUCAAGAGCAUAUUAACAGGAAAAUGGUAGACUAUUGUAAUGAAAUUGGUGUACACUUUCUGUCACAUAACUUGAUUACCUCUGAUAAAGCAAACCUGUUCUUGCCCGAUGUUAAUGACCUAUCUGAUGCAGGAGCUGAUAUCUUCAUAGCAGACCUGAAGAAGGUCUUAAGGUUCUAUCAGAUUUUGGGAUAGGUGGGAAAGGGAUGUUAAAAAUAUGUGCUUGUAGUUGUCAGAAGGAUGGGUUUGUUGUUGCUUUACCAUCAUAUUGCGUCUUGCAAAUGGGAGAUUUGGAUAAAUGAGGUGGAGAUGGGCUGCUCAUUCAGAGGAUGCUUUAAACUGCAUUUUAAACAUACAGAUGACACAAGCUGACUGUGUUCCUAUAACUAAGUUCUGUAACAAUGCGACCAUCUAAUGACAAAUCAAAGAAACUGGUCCAUCUUAACAUCAAUAAGAUUUUAAAUGUAUAUUGUCAUAGUUAAUGAAACUGUUCAUUUUGAUCGUUUAGAGAGAUAUAAGAUGCUAUGACUAAAAAAGUUGUGAACCUGUGAAAUGGAUCCUGUAUCUGCUUCUUGCUUGGUUUGUAAGCUACUCUUUAUUCAAAGAGGCAUAGAUUCCUUGGUAUUUGAGUAGUGAUGAUCAGGAACUCUAGCACGAACACAUGAAACAUUUUUUCACAUUAACAAAUUGUAUGUGAAAGUAUAUAUGGGAACUUCUGCUAUAGCCUUUUAUGAUAUCCAACACUGAAAGACAUGUAUAUACAGAAACAUAUUUUUUCAGUGUAGGAUAUGAGCAAAGGGUAUAGCAGCAGGGCUCCCAUGUAGUGUAUAUUGGAUUUACAUUGCACUCUCUCACGCAAUCAACAAAUCCUUUACUCCAUAUGAUCAUUGAAUGCUAUGACCUGUUCCAGAGUAAGCCAUUUGAGGACUAUGUUUCUGCCACAGACUAGUAGCAUUUCCUACUGGAGUCAUUUGGAGCAAUAGCUAUGAUUCCCAACAGUCAUUCACUAGUUUGGUGGCAGCUAGAAAUUAUGCCUUAUAACAGUCUAUUGCCUUUUGUACCAAUCCCCCCCAUCUUACUGUUGUAGUUUUGAUGUAAGUUUGUCCACUUAGCUACCAUAAAGACGUGGAAUUAUGCAUGAUGUGUUUAAUAUCAGGGCUUUCCCCCAAAAAAGCUGUAUUUCUGAUAAUAGCAAGUAUAAGGAAAAUCCAUCUUACCUCUCCAGUAUCCAGACUUAAUAAAAAUUGCAGGCAGCUCUAUUUUUCCAUGAGAGAAAAUCCAAAUAGCACCAGCACCGCCAUAGGACCACAAAGUAAUGAGGUAGCUUUCAUGUUGCACAGAAUUCUUCCUCUGGCUAAAUAUGAAACAAGGGAGGACAGGGAGAGAAGAGAAGAUAUUGCUAGCGAGGGCGUAUUGGAAGCCCCGUCUGCAAUAUGUGAUGGUCUUAACGUGGUGAUUCAGGAAGAUCUUUGUCAACUGAUUAGUUUAUGCCUAAUGCAAAUGAUCUGAAGUUGCACCAAAACAUAAUAGGACAAAGAUGCAGUGACUACUCUCUCUUUGCAAAUGGCAAAGCUAGCAGUUAUUUGGAUCUAUCUCAUUUGGAUUUGUCUCACUUCUGAAUAACUGCUUUGGUAUUCUUAAAGAGGUAAUUACCAUUGCUUCUUUGGUGCAACCUGAAAUCAUUCAACCUCUGCAUAAACAAACCUAAUCAAUGUGCAAAGGGCUUUCUUAUCACAUACUGCAGAUAGGACUUUUAUCAUGCCCUUUACCAGCAACUUAUUUCUCCCUUUUUCUCUCUGCAACCCUUUUUUGUUUAACAUUCUGUCUGAUGAAGAGGUUUGUGCAACUGAAAAGUUAGGUCUCUACUUCGUGACUUUUAUUUGUUCCUAAUAAAAGCCUUAUACAAUGGCUGUUGUUUCCAUAAUUAAUAGAAAUUGUCACAAUCUUGCGCUUUUUUUGUAAAAUAAUAAUCAAUGAUAUGCUUUAUUUUCUUAGGCUUUCUUUUUUCCAUCACUAUUUUGUUAUAAACCUACAAAUUAUCAUUCAGUAUAGAGAAGUCAGGAUAAUGUUGUAAAUUGUAUAAUGACCAAGAAGUUAGCUUGAGGAUGAUCCUAUCUAUGCGGUCAGAUAUACAUGCAGAAGUAUGAAGUUUCAUAUGUGGUUUCAACAAAAAGUUAAAAAAACAAACAUAUUGUGCAUGUAUGUAAGAUAAUUAGAAUUAGCAGUCAGAAGCUACCACACCUCCAGAUAAUUAUUUUGCAGUCAUGAAAUUAUCCAAGCCAGAAGGAGAAAAGGGUUUAUGUUUGGCUACUUGAAAUUUUACUAUCUAUUUUUUUAAAAAUGAAUCUCAGUGUAAAUGUUGUAAUAAAACUAUGGCUUUGUGUA